CCUGGGUGCUGUUGCCAUUUGUACACACUCAGUGUACAAAGCUUCUUUCGAAGCGUGUAAAACAACAGUGAGGAGUAGCCUGGGAAAGGCAUUUCAAAUCCUGCUAAACCGUUUUUCAGGAAGCUGCUUUUAUAACAAGGCAAAACACUAACAUCUACACAUGUGGCUUGACUUGUGUGUGACUACUACUAUUUUACAGUUGAAAUUAUUUUAUCUGGAAUUGCCUCUACUGCUGGACGUAUCAGCAGAAGCUCGGCAGUGUUCUGCAGGUACCUCACGGUUCAGACUCUGCACCCUUGUAAAGGGCAAUUCCUCGGGCACUGUGGCACAAGCUCGCAGCGGUGUGGAGUGCCAGCUGUCCCGGGAAUGUCGCUGCCCAGCGCCGAGCCCUGUUCCCAGGAGGAGCCCCCGGCGGAGGAGGCGGCGGCGGCGGCGGCGCCCCCCGAGCCCGAUCGCGAUCCCGCCGCUCUUCCCGACGCUCCUCCCGCUGCUCCCGGCGCCGUGCGCGGGGCGGGGCCGCGCUCCCCGGGCCCGGCGCGGCCCUCGCAGCCGGCGGCGGGAGCCAUGGCCGAUGAUCGGGAGCUGCGCGUCCGCUUCAUCGAGCCGGACGAGGCCGAGCCGGAGGCGGGGGCGGCCGGCGGCGGAUGGCGCUGCUGGCGAGGCGCGGACGGGGCCGCGCUGCGCUGGUGCAUCAGCGGGGUGCUCUGCGCCUCCUUCCUGGGGCUGGGGAUGAGCAUCGCCGUGCUGGGUCCCACCUUCCCCAACCUGGCCGCCAAUGUCCGCAAGAACGUCAGCGACAUCUACUACAUCUUCGUGGGCCGCUCCCUGGGCUCGCUGGCCGGGUCGGUGGUCGGCGGGGUGCUGUUCGACUGCAUGAACGCCGCUCUGCUGCUCGCCUUAUCUAUGCUUGGAACAGCAGCUGGUCUUUAUGGGAUACCCUGGUGUAAGGAAUCCCUGCUGUUAACAGUCUUGAUGUCAGUUAUUGGAGGUUCCAUGGGAAUUCUGGACACAGGUGGCAAUGUAAUGGCACUGAAUACCUGGGGAUCAGAGGCUGGGCCACACAUGCAGGCUUUGCACUUCAGUUUUGCUGCUGGGGCAUUUCUGGCUCCGAUCCUGGCUACAGUGGACUCAGGGGGUUCUAAAUCUGAAGAACUUGCAAAGGCUGAAAAGACAAACCAGUCUGUCCUGGCGCCUGUGCCAACAGCAUCAGCUGCAUCAACUACACCAGCACCAGAAGACCAUCAGGACGGAAACUUUUUGUGGUCCUAUAUUAUCAUAGGGACCUACAUUCUCUUAAUUUCUGUCUUCUUUUUUGUUUUGUAUUCAAAGACCAACUCAGCCAGAGACAAAUCAAAGGCUUCUGCGCAGAAGGGCAAGCGUGCCAAACACCACUGGCCUCUAAUUGGUCUCAUGUUUGUAUUCUUUUUGUUCUAUGUAGGAGCAGAAGUCACUUAUGGCUCUUAUGUAUAUACUUACGCGGUGGUCUUUGCUGAGAUGACGGAAAGCGAAGCAGCUGCUUUGAAUUCUGUCUUCUGGGGCGCGUUUGCCGUGUGCAGAGGAGCGGCGAUAUUCGGCGCCGCUUUCCUGGCCCCCGUCACCAUGAUCAUCAUGAGUCUGGUGUGCUCUGCUGCCUCCUCCUCAGCCCUGGCCUUCUUCGCCCAUUACCGAGCCUCGCUGUGGGCGGGCACCGCCGUGUACGGAGCGUCCAUGGCCACCAUCUUCCCCAGCGGCAUCUCCUGGAUCGAGCAGUACACGGUUAUCGAAGGAAAAUCGGCUUCUCUCUUCGUGGUGGGCGCGGCGCUGGGCGAGAUGUGCAUUCCAGUGGCGGUGGGCUACCUCCAAGGCAGGUUCCACGACAUUCCUGUCGUCAUGUACACGGCCUUUGCCACUUCUGUAAUGACAGUGCUGCUCUUCCCCGUCAUGCACAAACUGGCCAACGCUCCCCAGGACAGCGACGCGCAAGUCGUGAGCGAGAGCGAGACCCGGAAAGCUCUGCUGUCAAACUCGAGGCUCACUGAGGAUGAGGAGGAUGAGGAGGAGGUGAGAGAGUGGAAUGAUGCAGACUUUGAGGUAAUAGAAAUGAAUGACAAACUGAAAAACUCGCUGACGGACACCUCCCUUAGGAUAUCAGGGGACGCUCCAGCUGAAGCCUCUCUCCAGCCCCAUCCGGACGAUAUAUUGGGUGAUGCUCCAGUGGUUGCUGGUGGCUCCCCUGGGAGACAAAAUGGGAAUGUUGACUGGGAGAAGUGAAUAGAGUCAAAACAGGCUUUUUUCUUUUUUUUAAAUGGAAAUGCAAUUGAAUUGUAGCUGUUGUCAAGUGGUUCAGGAAUCCUUUCAUAGUGGUGCAGAGCUCAGCAUGUUCAUUUGCUCAGCCCUUUCUCCUCUUUCAUUUUCAGCCUGCAGGGAUAUGUUUUGGAGUGGGAAGGUCCUCAGUGAUGUGAAUGGGGCAACAUGAUAAAUGUUUGGCUAUGCUUAUGUUUGUUAAAACAUAAGAGAUGUUUUCUAAAUGUCAGGCAUGCAUCCAAGGAAGAGAUGCUGUAAUUGGAAGAAGGGGACUGCUCAAACUACUCAGUUUCUUGAGGUGGGUGAAAGGUGCAGGUCUGAGGUACUUUGCCACAAAAUGGUUUCAUGAGAGAGGAGAGAGACCUCUUAUGGGUAAUGCUGGACUUUCUUACCUUGUGAAGGAGGGAUGUUUCAAACUGCGUUUGAAAGUUGCGUGUGAUCAGAUCAGUUAAAAUUUCUGGUGAUGCCCAGCAGCUGUAAAUUGAAUAACCUUUCAGCAAACUAUAGAAAUUUUUGGUUCUGAGACAAAGACAAGAAAAAAUUGGAAAUUAUUUCUUAGGAGUGAAACAAAGCCUUUGGAUGAUUUAAAAGCAGUUUAUGAGAAAGGACACAAAAUGGGUCAUUGUUUAUCUGCUCAAAUGCAUUAAUCCAACCUACUAAACAGUGGCAACAAAUCUAAAUAAUCAAAAGUAUUUGUGAUUUUAAUUAUGGCUCUAUCACUGAAAUCAACAAAUGUAUGCAGAAGAUGUAAAAUUAUCAUGUAAACUUUGAAUGGCUUGGGUUGGAAGGGACCUUUAAAGAUCAUCCAUUUCCAACUCACUGCCAUGGCAGGGGCACUUUCCACUGGACCAGGUUGCUCAGAACUCUGUCCAGACUGACCUUGAAAACUUCCAGGGCAUACACAACUUCUCAGGGCAACCUGUUUCAGUGCCUCACCACCUCCAUAGAAAAGACUUUUUUUCCUGGUAUCUAAUCUAAACCCACUCUCUUUCAGUUUGAAGCCAUUCCCCUUUGUCAAAUCACUACAUGCUCUUGUAAAGUCCCACUCCAUCUUUCUUGCUGGCUCCCUUCAGGUAAAAAAGAUUACUUAAUAUAUGGUAUUUUUAAGCCAGUUGUUUAAAUUAAGGUUAUAGCAACUUCCCUAUCUUCCUGUCCCAAGACUUUAAUAGGGUAAUGUGUUACAAUGAAGAUUUGAAUGAGACAUUCCUUUCCUAGUAUGACUACUUGUCCCUGGCCAGUUGGAUUGGUGACGUUUGGGUUUUAUUUCUUUGAGGAUGACAUGGAGAUGGACUCUCCCUAACAGAGAAGCCAUGGUUUGUAUGUGUAGGUUUAUUGGUUUGUAUGUGUAGGUUUAUUGGUUUGUAUGUGUAGGUUUGCCACUAAGCAGGAAACCCUGGGCAGGUGCAGCCAUGCCAGGGAGCCCUCCCAGUAAGAGGGAAAAAAAAAAAAAAAAAAAAAAAAAGGACCAGCAAAUGGCAAAAUCUGUCUCUGAACAGUAAUCUUGCCAUUUGUCAGCUGGGAACUCCAAGUUAGUUAAGUGUGAUCAGAAUGUACUCUUGUUUGGGGUUUUUUAACUUUGCACUUUUAUUAUUAUUUUUCAUGCUAAGAGGUUUCAUUUAUUAACAAAAGGGCUCUAGGUGUAACAUAACACAGAAUCUUAGAUGGAUUCCCUGAAUUUCCAGGUCUGCUUUUGUUCCUUCUCUUGUUCUCCAAGUGUGCAACCUAAGUUUGCAUGGCCUUUUCCUUUCCUGAGAAGUUAAUAAGAAGCCAGGAUCAACUUGUAGUGAAAGGUUUUUUGUUAAUAUCUUGCCAUGUUGCAGGGCCUGCCUCUCCCUCUGCUGCUAGCACUUAAAUGCCCUUGUGUUUUUGAUGAACUCCUGUGGCAUCUUUUCCAAUGCAAUGCAUGAACCUGCACUUUAAAAUUAUUCACUUGUGGCACAAGGGAUCUGUUUCCUUACAGGAAUGGAAAUUGCUUGUAACUGCCAGUCCUUGCUUAGGCACAGGUGACAGGAGUGAGCUGUGUGCUCAGCUGGUCUGAUGUGGAAGCAAACUGUGGUGGGCAGAAGAGUGGAUGGAAUGAGGGCAGCUGGAACCUGCAUUUUACUGCUUUUCCUCUUCCCGUUUUUCUUCCUGCACGCUGCUCCCUGUGUGUGGAAAGUAGGGGAAAGAUGGUGAGGACCGAUCCCACUGGUGGAGGGGGAGGGAGAAGGUGCAGGACACACAAUGAAAGAUCUGGAGACUGUUCUGUGGCAGCUCCCCACUGGAGCUCUGAUUCCUCUGGCUUCACCUGUGUUCAUGUUGCUAUAAAAAAGUCUCCUCAUACCCAAGAUCAUGUUGCCAGAAGAAAAUAAUUUAAAGAUACUGGGCAAGCAGGAAGAUUCUAAACUCCUCCAAUUCAUAUGCUAAUUUUUGAUGAAAUUCCAGAUCAGAAUGUUCUACAUGUCAGACUGUUCUCAGGGAUAGUUUACAUGGGCAGUUUACUUUAUAUUGUUUGCAUAAUCAAAUACUAAAAAACCUCAGAAAAUUAAAUCAAACCUGUCUUGGGAAAUAUGCUGUAAUCUCUUAGAAGGUUAUCUACUGCAUAUACACACACACUUAUUUGUGUUUCUGAUCAGCAUCUUCCCAGCAAUUGUAAAAAUAUUGCAUGAAACAAAGAUUUUAUUUUUUUAACUCCUGAGUAACUUCAAUUCAUCCCCAUUUCCUCCUUAAAAUGCAAGAGGCCUGUGUAGUAGGAAUGGAACAACAGGCUGGAAUGCUAAGGUAAGAGAAACCUUUUCCCAUGAAUAAAAGAUCCAAAAAGCAGUGGCUGUUAAACAGUGGAAGCUGAAGAAUUAUCUAUGUAGAAUCACUUUCCACUGAUGUGUGGAGACCUUCCUAAAUUUAGCAUCAUCUUAGUGAGGACUUGGAGCCUUCAGUGUCUUAAUUCUGGUCUUAAACUUGAAGUGGGACAGGUGGACAGAAAGAGUUCUCCUUACCCCCUAACCAGCCUGCUGAAAAUGAAAUGCUUGAAGCAAUUUAAAACAAGAUCUAGGACAUUUCCAAGGAUGCACCCUGCAAUUCUAGGCACCCUCAAUGACCAAAGUUUAGCUCCCUGCUCUUGGAUUUCGGUGUUCCUCAAGGCUUGUUUUCAGACAAUGAAUUUUAGUUUUCACAUGUUUAAAUUUCUUUUCAAAGUAAACUGCUUCCUGGAAUAUACAGCUGAAGUGGGGAUCUAUUUACAGUGCAGGUCUAUUUUAAGUUAUGGGCCCUCCAGAAAGCUCCAGUACUUACAUAUUAGGUGUUGAAAUUACUUGGAGUAACUGUAUUACAUUACUACUGCCCUGCUUAUGCUAGAAAAGCCAUCCCUCUGUUGAGGACAAGAGCUUUAAUCCAUGGAUUAGAUACCUGAAUUUGAUAAGAAUCCUAUUUUUGUCCACAAACCCAGGAACAGUAUGAAGAUGAGUGCUCUGCUCCAGUGUGAAAGGUAACCUCUUGCAGCUAAGUACUUUAUUUAUCCUGAAGCACUGCCAAGUGCUGGACUGUACUGCAAGCACUCACUCCUGGCAUUUGCACUUUCAUUCUGUACAUGACCAAUGCUUGAAUGCAAGACCAGGUAAAGUUUUAUGCCUUGAUGUUUUGGAUUUUUUUAAAGUUGUUUUGCAUACAAGUGCGCCGCAAUCUGUGGAUGUUCUGUUAUAGAUGUAAUAUUUUUUAUUCUGCUUGAUGUGGGUUUAACAUUGUACUGUGUAAUGUGACAUUUAUUAGACUGACUUGUGUCUUUACUGUAAUAAAUUCUUACCUGGAGAAGGCACUCAGGUUCCUUGAUGUAAAUAAAGUUUUAUUGUAUUUUUUAAACUUC